GUGAUCUGCCGCUCGCACCGUAAUUGCACAGCUGCCAGUUUCGGUCUCUCAGAAGAGCGUGGAGCUGGCCGCCGGUGAGACGCGCUCACGUUGCGAUCCGACAGGCGGCGAGCUCGACAUGGACGACGAGAAAGAGAGCAGCGAAUGGCGGCGGCAGCGGGAGGAGGCGCUGGGCUUCAGGCCGCAGAAGGAGAUCCCGUACAACCAGCUGCUGCCCUACUCACAGCGCCUGGACCGCGAGUCGGCCGAAAUCCUCGGCCAGAUCAAGGCCAACCUGGGUCGGGCCGUGCAGCUGCGGGAGCUGUGGCCCGGGGUUUUAUUCUGGACCAGAAAACUUUCAACAUAUAUCCGACUAUAUGGGAGAAAGUUCAGCAAAGAAGAUCAUGUAAUAUUUGUUAAGUUGCUAUACGAAUUGGUUGUCAUGCCGAAACUUGAGAUCAGCAUGAUGCAAGGAUUCACUCGAUUGUUAAUAAGUUUGCUCAAGAAGAAAGAACUCUUAUCAAGGGAGGAUUUACAGUUGCCAUGGAGACCGUUGUAUGAAACAGUAGAAAGAAUUUUGUACUCCAAGACAGAGCACCUUGGAUUAAAUUGGUUUCCAAAUUCGUUCCGACAAGGCUUGUCUUCCUCUAAAUCGUGUGUGCUUAGUGUUUUGCAUAGGUGUUCCAUAGAAAAUGUGCUGAAGACGUUGGUGAAAUGUUGUCGACCGUAUUUUCCAGAUGAAGCUACAGCUGAGAUGUUGGAUGAAUGGCGGCCAUUGAUGUGUCCUUUUGAUGUCACCAUGCAGAAGGCAAUCAGCUAUUUUGAAAUGUUUCUUCCUACUUCCCUUCCACCUCAUUUGCAUCAUAAAGGAUUCAGGCUUUGGUUUGAUGAAUUUAUGGGCCUCUAUGUUACAGUUCAGAAUCUCCCACAGUGGGAAGGGAAUUUGGUAAACCUGUUUGCUCGUUUGGCAACAGAAAACAUUGGAUAUAUUGAUUGGGAUGAAUACAUUCCAAAGAUUUUUACCAGAUUUCUGAGAAGUUUAAAUCUGCCAGUAGGAAGCAGCCAAGUGUCAACUUCCAAAUAUUUAUCAAAUGCAUAUGAAAUAGGCCAUGUGGUGGUUUGGAUCAUAUCCAUGCUGGGUGGUCCUAGUAAGCUUGCACAGAAGCAUCUGAGUGGAUUUUUUAACAGCAUUACAUCUUUCUAUCAUCCAUCUAAUAAUGGGAGAUGGUUGAUGAAAUUGAUGAAGUUGUUACAACGGCUGCCUACUAGUGUUGUUAGAAGACUACACAGAGAACGGUACAAAAAGACAACCUGGUUAAACACUGUACCAGACAGCCACAAACUGACAGAUCAAGACAUUACUGAUUUUGUGGAAAGCAUUAAACAGCCUGUAGUGCUUGCUAUGUUCAGUAAAAUUGGAAGUCUGGAGGCUGCUCAGGCUCUUCAAAACCUUGCUCUGAUGCGUCCAGAGCUUGUCAUCCCACCAGUGCUUGAAAAAACAUAUCCUGCAUUGCAGACUUUGACAGAACCUCACCAGCUCACGGCGACACUGAGCUGUGUGAUUGGAGUUGCUCGCAGCCUGGUAUCAGGAGGCAGAUGGUUCCCAGAAGGCCCAACGCAUAUGCUGCCACUAUUAAUGAGAGCUCUACCUGGGGUGGACCCAAAUGAUUUCAGCAAGUGCAUGAUAACCUUCCAGUUUAUAGCCACGUUUUCUACUCUUGUGCCUUUGGUGGACUGUUCAUCUGUUUUGCAAGAGAGAAAUGAUCUCUCUGAGGUAGAAAAGCAACUUUGCUCAGCGACAGCAGAAUUUGAAGAUUUUGUUCUUCAGUUUAUGGACAGGUGUUUUGCACUGAUUGAAAUUAGCACACUGGAACAAACCAGGGAGGAGACAGAAACUGAGAAGAUGACUCAUGUGGAAAGCUUAGUGGAACUGGGGCUCUCUUCAACUUUCAGUACUAUUCUCACACAGUGUUCCAAAGAAAUUUUUCAGGUUGCUUUGGAGAAGGUGUUUAAUUUCGCUACAACAAAUAUUUUUGAAACUCGUGUGGCUGGCAGGAUGGUGGCAGACAUGUGUCGGGCAGCAUCUAAGUGUCGACCCGCAACAGCUUUGAAGCGAUUUGUGCCACAUUGCUGCAAUGUAAUAGCUCAACUAACCAUCAAUGAUGAUGUAUUACAGGAACAGGAGUUGGAUAAGGAACUGCUUUGGAAUCUCCAGCUGUUAUCAGAGGUAACGCGUGUAGAUGGUGAUAAGCUGCUGCUGUACAAGGAUCAACUUGUAAACAUUCUGCAACGAACACUACACCUAAAGUGUAAGCAAGGAUAUACUCUGGCUGGAAAUUUGUUACAUCAUCUCCUUCGUUCAACUACAUUAAUCUAUCCAACAGAGUACUGUAGUGUGCCAGGUGGUUUUGAUAAACCAUUCACAGAAUACUUUCCUAUUAAGGAUUGGGGAAAGCCAGGAGAUCUAUGGAAGUUGGGGAUUCAGUGGCAUGUUCCUUCUGAAGAGGAGAUAACUUUUGCUUACUACUUGUUGGAUAACUUUCUUCAACCUGAGCUCUCCAGACUCAAACGAUGUGCUGAUGGAGAAAUAGAAAUGUCAAGGGAUGAUAUUCACCAGAGCUUGUGUAUUGUACAGAACUGCCUGAUGGGCUCAGGGAGCCUGUUGCCUUUCCUGGGAGGUGACCCCAUACGUGACCUGGCUCCAACUCUGAUAUCUUUGGAAGAGACCAAACUUUGCACUGGUGUUAAUUAUGAUCCUACAAGAGAAAAUUACAGGGAAGCAAUUGCCCAAGUCAUGAGAAAGCUGCUACAUCACAUGUUGGAUAACUCUGAAGAUGACACAAAAUCUUUAUUCGUAAUAAUUAAGAUUAUGGGAGAUUUGUUGCAGUUUCGUGGUUCUUAUAAGCAUGAGUUUGACUCCAGAUGGAAAAGCUUUAACCUUGUGAAAAAAUCCAUGGAGAACAGGCUCCAUGGGAAGAAACAACAUAUCCGAGCACUGCUGAUCGAUCGAGUUAUGCUGCAGCAUGAGCUACGAACUUUGACAAUUGAAGGUUGUGAAUACAAAACAAUUCACCGUGAUCUGAUGAGAGAUCUUCUGCUAUUGUCAACUAGUACAUACAGUCAGGUGCGAAGUAAAGCCCAGCAUGUUUUCUUCACAGCCUUGGGGACUUAUAAUUUUUGCUGUCGAGAUCUUAUUCCACUGUUGCUGGAAUACUUGCGUCCUGACAAUCAGAAUACAAGCCAGCAACAAUUGAAAGGUGCUCUGUAUUGUCUUCUUGGGAACCACAAUGGAGUCUGCUUGGCAAAUCUUCAUGACUGGGACUGCAUUGUUGCAACAUGGCCAGCUAUAGUCUCUUCAGGACUCAACAAAGCAAUGUUUUUCGAGAAACCUUCCAUUGUUCGCUUGUUUGAUGACCUUUCAGAGAAAAUCCAUAGACAGUAUGAAACGCUUGGCCUAAAUUUUGGACUUUCAGAUCGCAGUUUGGAGCUUUCUGCAUCCUUGUGCCAGGGAAUUGAUUCAGCUUGUGGUUUGUCUCCUCUUACUGCUGAAGAGAUUGAAAUUGGAAUCCGGAAUCAAAUUACAAAAAAUAAUGAUUCCUUACGGAAUUAUGAAAAACUCAUCAGUAGCUUGUUGGACCUUCUCGAACAGAGAAACUUACCAUGGAAGUUUGAACAAAUAGCCAUUGGUUUCCUCUCUCUCUUGUUGAGAGAUGAUGUCCCCUUACCUACGAGAGCAAUCAAAUUCUUCAUUCAGAAUCUCAAUCAUGACGCCUUAGUAGUCCGGAAGAUGGCAAUAUCUGCUGUGGCUGGCAUCAUGAAGCAGUUGAAGAGACCUCACAAAAAAAUAGAGAUUGAUUCAUAUGCAAUUAAUGGAUCAAGACCGCCAAAAAUCCAGCCAGGAGAUAGGCUUGAUAACCAGUGGCUUCAUUACAAUAGCUCUAAUUUGCCAAGGACCAAGGAUGAAUGGGAAGCCUGCUUGUUUGUGGAAAAAACUCACUGGGGGUACUAUACGUGGCCUCGAAAGAUGUUUAUCUAUGCCCCUCUGGACCAACAACCUAAAUUAGGAAGGAGUAAAGAAGAAAUGUCAGAGGCAGAACAAGUAGUCUGUGAUAAUUUCUCUGACCCACAAUUCAUAGAGAAAUUAAUUAAAUUUUUAUCCUUGGAAGACCGAAAGGGAAAGGAUAAGUUUAAUUCACGCAGGUUUUGCCUGUUCAAGGGUUUGUUCAGGAACUUUGACACAGCUUUUUUACCAGUUUUAAAACCACAUUUGGAACGUCUCGUCUCAGAUUCUCAUGAAAGUGCUCAACGCUGUGGAGCUGAAAUCAUUGCAGGAUUAAUACGAGGUUGUAAACACUGGUCAUAUGAAAAGGUAGAGCAGCUAUGGGAAAUUCUCUGUCCCCUUCUUCGAACUGCUUUGUCCAACAUCACGGUGGAGACCUACAGUGACUGGGGAACAUGCAUUGCCACAGCUUGUGAGAGCAGGGACCCUCGUAAACUGCACUGGCUUUUUGAAUUGCUAAUGGAUGCCCCAUUGAGUGGGGAAGGAGGAUCAUUUGGAGAUGCCUGCCGACUAUACGUUUUGCAGGGUGGUUUGGCUCAACAAGAGUGGAGAGUACCUGAAUUGAUGCAUAGACUCCUUCAAUAUCUUGAGCCUAAGCUCACACAGGUCUAUAAGAAUGUGCGAGAAAGGAUAGGAAGCGUUCUAACAUAUUUAUUCAUGAUAGACAUCACCUUACCUAAUUCAAAUCCAACGCUGUCACCACGUGUCUCUGAAUUUACCAGCCGUAUGUUAGGCCAACUUAAACCUCUGAUGGAAAUUGAUGAAGAGAUACAAAAUCAUGUUGUUGAGGAAAAUGGUAUUGGGGAACAAGACGAAAGAACCCAGGCCAUUAAACUUCUGAAAACAGUGUUGAAAUGGUUAAUGGCAAGUGCAGGAAGGUCAUUUUCUACAGCAAUUGCAGAACAGCUCCAUCUCAUGCCACUAUUGUUCAAGAUCGCCCCUGUAGAAAAUGAUGAGAGCUAUGACGAACUCAAAAGAGAUGCAAAGAUGUGUUUAUCACUCAUGUCUCAGGGAUUGCUAUAUCCCCAGCAAGUGGUUAUGGUACUAGAUGUUAUGAAACAGACAUCAGAGAGCAGUUCUUGGCAUGCAAAAUACACCGUUUUAACAUACCUCCAGACAAUGGUGUUCUACAAUCUGUUUAUUUUUUUGGACAAUAAACAGGCUGUCCAAGAUAUAAGAUGGCUUGUCAUAAAACUCUUAGAAGAUGAACAGUUGGAGACAAGAGAAAUGGCUGCUAUCACCUUGAGUGGUCUGUUGCAGUGCAACUUCUUGACUAUGGACUCUGCCAUGCAGCUGCACUUUGAACAGCUCUGCAAGACCAGACUUCCAAAGAAGAGGAAGCGAGACCCAGGCACAGUAGUGGAUAUAAUUCCUGCAGCAGAUUUGGUUCGUCGGCAUGCUGGAGUAUUAGGACUAAGUGCCUGUAUUUUAUCGAGUCCAUAUGAAGUGCCCACUUGGAUGCCACAGCUUCUGAUGAACCUCAGUGGUCACCUGAAUGAUCCACAACCUAUAGAGAUGACCGUGAAAAAAACAUUAUCUAAUUUUCGAAGAACUCAUCACGAUAACUGGCAAGAACAUAAGCAGCAGUUCACAGAUGAUCAGUUGGUGAUUCUUGCAGACCUUCUUGUGUCACCAUGUUAUUAUGCCUGAGGAGACAGUAGUUCUAUUGACACUAAAGGAAAAGAGUUUUGGUGCUACCACUAUUGAACAAAGGAGAACAUUUGUUUUGUACAUAUGCCUGAGAAUCCCAUUAACUGUAUAAAUCUCUGAAGACCCAAGAAGCUGCAAAUACUAAUAUUUGUGUCCUUAAAGAUAUGGAGAUCUUUUUCAAUCCAAGUAAACAAUUCACCAAACAGCAGAAAUUGUGUAUGUAUAUAAAUGUGUUCAGUAGAAUUUUGACUUUAAGUUUAUAAUAUAUAGAUAAGUUUUUUUUUGCUAAUUUACAAGAAAUUGUAAUUAAACACAAAUCACUCUGCUGAAUUUGUAAAGUUCUUGUACAGUUUUUGCUCAAAACAUCCUAUUUCUUGACUGCUCUUAAAACAGCUCCUGGCUAUUUAAUUGACACAUUUCAUAACUGUUAUUUAGGGCCGUAAAGGAAAUGUAAAAACUGUACAAACAAGAUGAAAUAACACAUUUGUACAGAAUGUAAUCUUUAAAGAUGUGAUGUUAUGAUAUUUGUUGAACUUCAUUUGUAAUGGUGUGAACUUAUAGUGGUUCUGUCUUCAGAUCACAUGCUUUUCUCAUGGUUCUGUAGUUUAUGCUUUCAAGAAAAUACAUUUUGGUCAUCAGUUUUGCUAAGCUGCUUAAGGUUUAUCAUGCUGCUGGUUUUCGUGUUUUUAAGAUGAUUUUAAUGUCUUAGCGUCUUUGAUCUUUUUAUUAAAUUCAGUUAUCUUUAUUUGUUUUUUCCCCAAUUACUUAGUAUUGUUAUAAUGUAUGAAAUGCUGGUAUCAAAAAUACUACCCUUUAACAUUUAAUGCAGUGAUGAACCAUGGGUAAAAGGUCAAAUCCUAUGAUUGUACCAUGUCAAAGACUUAACCACUAUAUAGGGUAGUGCCAAAAGAAGUGGUUUUAGAUGUACUACCAGAUAUUUUAAAGCCAAUAAAUGGA